AUGGCCUCUUCACUGAUUACCCCAGUUAUUCUGUAUCGUGUGGCUCCGCAAUUGGAGCAGGUUAGCAAGGGUGCCCAAAAGCUUGCAAAUAACCAUGCUAUUCUAAAGGCCAAUAUGACUCGCGUGAUGGCUGAGAAUGGGCGGAAACAGCGCAAGAAUGCUAUAAAUAGUGUUCAAAUUGCCUACGAGGGCGGUAUUACUGUGGAGGAUAUGCAAAUUCGUCUACAAUUGGUAAAUGAAACCAAUAUCGCUACACCAUCGGCACCCCCGCGCGCAGCAGGAUCGGCGAAUGAGAGGCCACCACAACGUUGUGGUAAUUGUAGGAAGGUAGGGCAUAAGCGCAAUAGGUGCCCGCUCAAUAAUAACGCCUAG